AUGUACCAUGUUCCGUUGGUGCCGCGCGAUGCGGAUCGCGAGGAGACCAUGUUCCGAAUCGAUCAAUCACUUCAGAAAUUGAUGCAGGUGGCGAAAUCUUUUAAAUACAAUUGUUUUAAGAGUCGCUGAUUAUUUGCAGGUUUCCGACGAAAUAUUCGAUAAAGUGGAGGCGAAAAUCGACAAAAUCGCUCAAAAAGCCGAAAAUAUCGAUAAGCGGACGGAAAUUGUGGAGAAAAAGUUGGAAAAGUUACAGGAAGUACGUUUUUCGGCCAAAAUUAGGCCAUGGCCUAGAAAAAGCUGGAAAACUAGGUCAAUACAGCUUUUCUGCCAUUUUUCCCACGCGAAACCGUUUGCAGUGCUCGAACGUGGUCACACUGACGCUGCCGCGUAAAUGGCCGCCGUCGCGUUCCCCGCCGACCGACGAUCAAUCCCUCUUCCGCUCAAAUGUGACCGCCACCCACGUGGCCAGUUCUGAGGACCUUCCCGAAUACAAACGGGCCGACGAUCACCUGCUGCGCCCGUGCGAGCCCAUCGAUUUCACGAAGGAGCUCCAAAAAGCGGACAAAUUCUUUCUGACGAGCCAAGUUUUGCGGGAAAACGAGCAGAAAGGAUGGGAGCGGUUCAAGAAGAAGUGCCUCACAGGUACAGUAAUAUUGGAUGGGAAAAUGAACUUUCCAACAGCAAAAAAAAUGAUUAGAAAUGACUAUUUCCGGGGCAAAACGGAAACGCUAUUCAAAUUUUUUAUUCUAACUACAGUAAUCCUUAGGUCUGCGCGAGCUGCCGGCCCCUCUGGACGACCUGAACAUUGCGGAACUCUUCUUCGCGGGCACCUCGAUCCCCGUCUACGAGGGCGUCACCGGCGACUUUCCGCGAAUCCAUCUCGACGCCGAAUCGACGUCGACGCGGAGAAGCGGCCGGAUGGCGGAGGACGAGAUGCGCGAAGAACGGCUGCACGAACAACUGCUCGAGGACACGGCACUCAGCAACGGACUGCUCGCCGACGCGUUCGGAUCUGUGGAUGACGAUCAUCCGUUGGCGUUCCACAUUGCCAGAAACGAAGAGAAGGAGGUUGUGGAGAUGCCGGAGAACCUGCCCAAUUUGAAAGGUUUGUAAGGACAGAUUCUGUAAAGGGAACAAUUGGAAAACCACGAGAAGUACACAGUUUUCUAGUCCCCAGAUAAUCUCGUGUACUUUUCGUUGUCGUGUACGACACGUUUAAAUUAAUGUUGUUACGGACCCAUUUUUGCAGGCCACGCGCACGAUUUCACCCUCCGCGACCUGGGAAUCGACGAGGAUCUGCUUCCGGAUCUUUGCGACGACGUCAGCAUCGAAGGGGACGAAGGAGGCGCUCGCGAGCUUUCCGUCGUCGUUUCUCCGUCGAUCCCACCUCCUCCGCCUCCUCCUCCUCCUCCGAUUGCAGUUCCAGAAGCUUCUUCUUCUUCUGAUCCUCCUCCACCUCCUCCUCCCCCGAUCGCUCCGAUCCCUCCGAUUUCGUCCCCACCUCCGCCGCCUCCGCCUCCGCCCCCACCUCCCCCGGCCACGCCAAUUUUGGCCUCAUCCGCCACGUCGUCUGUGACUUUCAGUCCAACGAAAUCAAUCGAUAACGGAAAUGGACGCGCGGAUCUGAUGGCGGCGAUUCGGGCGGCCGGCGGAACGGACAAGGCGAAACUGAACAAGAUUCAGGAGAGUCAGAAGACGAAACGGAAGGGAAAGUACGACGGACUGCUCGAAUCGUCGGCUCUGGGCGGCGAGGGAGAGAAGAAGAAAACGACGGACAACUCGGGAGGCGGCGGCGGGGAUCUGAUGUCCGCACUUUCCAGGGCACUCGAUGCCAGGAGGAAAGGUAAACAUGGGUAUCUUACAGAACAUUUAAGAAAUUUCACCCAUAAGUUGGUAACAAUCGCCGUUUUUCCAAAAAAAAUCGACCGGGAAGGAUAUUUGGCGCGUCUUUAACGGCGCAUGCGCCACUGAAAGAUUGAAAAAAAUCUGCGAAUUUUCAGCGAUCAACGGCAAAAACGACAGAAAUUCUUCGAGUUCCUCGGCUCCCAAAAGCUCAUCGUCAUCGAUUCCGGCUCCGCCGAAUUUAAGCGACGAUGAAUGGAAUUGA